GUGUCGUGUGAAUACAAUGCAGAGCGGUCAACAAGUCAAAGCGACGAGACAUAAAGAAAGGAAAAAAGAGACGAUCAUUUCAUAUUUCAUGGAAAGAAACUACAAAGAAAUCUUGUUACGAAAUUUCAAACUCAAUUUCUUUCAAUGUUUCUUCAUUAUUGCCUUUCACUUUUCAUCACAAUUCUUCAAGUAACAAUGCUUCCGACGUUCCUUUUCUCAUGCUGAUCGGUUGUUUUCCGUCGCUUCUUCUCAACUUUCCUCUCAUUUUUUUUCUGAAGAACGGCUGGAUUAACGGCCAAUUACUUUAGAUCUUGCUUUCUGCACUACAAAAUCAGGUCAUUCUUUAUUUUUUAACAUUUUAGCAAAUUCUUCUUUUCGGUUUCUUCUGUUUUUUUUUUUUUAGCUUGAGGAAUUUUAAGUGUUUUUGGUCCUUAGUCGUUCACUGUAUUGUUUAGAUUUCAAUUCUAGAGGAAGCAUGCCGUAGACUGUACGGUAGUGUUCUGAACUUUGAUUCUUUGUACUUUUUUAGAACAUCUCUGUUAAGCUUAAGAAGCCAAAAUACGAUGAAAUUUGUUCUGUUUGUACUUUGUAGUAUGAUUUAUUAUAAUUGGGAUGGGAACGAGGUGAAGUGAAUUAUUAGAUGACAUAAUGGGCUAUGAGAUGAGUAAGCUAUAUAUCAAAACUAAUUGGCUUUAAGAUGAUAAGCUAUAUAUCUCUCUUCUUUUUUUUUGUUCAUAAGGUAUCUUUAUUUAUUUUAAUGAGUUAAAUCCAACCUUCUUCUUGAAGUCAUUGUUCUUUUUAUUAGAUUACAAUUUUUGGUUACAUGAGGGCUUGAGUCUCUAUCUCAAAAACAAUUUGCACGUGAGAAGAGUAACUUUUCUAAUGUAGAUGCUCAACGUGGGGAAGAGUUGGGGACAAUUAGAAAUGAAUAGGAAAUCAAGAGAGUAAACUUUUGGUUGGAAAGUGCUUUGUGUUUUCACAUGGCUGUUGAUUUAUGUCUUUCUUCCUAGUCAGAUGGGGGAUUGUGAAUCAAUUAUACCAACCUCUGAAGGGGAGCAACACGCUCUAGCUGCAUUUCAGCACCUAGUCAAGUUCUUAAGGACAAGUCAGAACGUGAAUAAUGAAUUGAAAAAGCUCCUUGCCGAUCUCGAUUCUCAUUUGACUUCCUUGACGUCGUAUACUGUUGGAAAGUUGAGUGAGUUAGAGACAAGGUUCAAAUCUGCCAAGGAGAAGAUUACGAGAUGGGAAUCUAACAAAUCCAUGAUAUGGGAUUCUGGUCCCAAAGAGGCUUCUGAAUAUAUGAAGGCUGUUGAUGAAAUUCAUAAAGUUCAGGAAGGUCUUAGAAGUUUAUCUGCAAAUGACAGUCAAAAGCAAAAUGAACUUCUUUUCCAGGCCGACUCUGUCGUACAGAUUGCAAUGGCAAGGUUAGAGCAGGAGCUAAUCCACAUUCUUGCUCAGCACAAACUAUAUUUUGAGCCUGACUAUGUUCCCUUCCAGUCUGGUGGCUAUGAUGUUGUCUAUAACGAGUCCUUUGUUUCAGCCGAGGACAGUUUGGAGGUGGAAACUUCCCACGGAGAGAGUAUUCCUGCUUUAUAUGCUGUGAACUUGGUCCAUCCACACGUGAUCGCUCAUCUUAAAUCCAUCGCAAAUGUUAUGUUUAAUUCAAAUUAUAUUCAGGAAUUUUGCCUGGCUUUUGUUAGAAUGCGGAAAGAUGCGUUGAACGAGUAUCUGUUCAUUCUCGAAAUGGAGAAGUUUAGCAUUGGAGAUUUGCUGACCAUGGAAUGGAGCGACUUAAACGUGAAGAUCAAGAAAUGGGUUUGGCUUAUUAAAAUUGUUAUUAGAGUCUACCUUACUAGUGAGCAAAGACUCUGCAACAAUAUAUUUGAAGGCAUUGGAUCUUAUAGUGCAGUCUGCUUUACUGAGAUUUCUGCGACUUCUAUGCUUCGCCUGUUGAAUUUUGGAGAGGCCAUAGCUAUGGAACCCCAUCGACCGGAAAAGCUGUUUCACUUGCUAGACAUGUAUGAGGUCCUAAAAAAUCUUCUUGGAUUUGUAGAUGAAUUGUUUUCCGAAGAAACAGAAAAGGGUUCUUUUCUCAAAUUCGAGUUCCAUAAUCUUUUCAAGAAACUGGGUGUUUCUGCAAGGGCUACGUUUUUAGAUUUUGGAAAUUUCAUUGCAUGUUCCAUAUCAACAAACCCUUUUCCCGGCGGUGGUGUUCAUCAUCUAACAAGGUAUGUAAUGAACUACAUCCAUACCCUUACUGUUUUCAGAGACUCGCUUGUUUUCCUUCUCCAAGAUCAAGCAACAGAUGUCUUAAGCCCAACUACUGAGCUGCAGAGUGAAGUCAAUAGCAUACCUUGCCCAAUGGCUUACCACCUUCAGUCAAUCACUUCACAUUUGCUAUCCAAUCUCAAUAACAAAUCCAAGUUGUACAAGGAUGAUGCUCUACGACAUAUUUUCUUAAUGAAUAACAUCCAUUAUAUAGUUCAAAAGGUUGAAAAUUCUGAUCUCAUAGCCUUUCUUGGAAGUGGGUGGAUGCGAGAACAUAUAAGAAUGUUUCAAAGCCACGCAACUAUCUAUAUGAGAGCCACCUGGCAGUCUGUUCUUUCUCUGCUAAGGCUUGAUGGUGAUGGAAUGAAAACUUCAAAGGCAGUCUUUAAAGAAAAGUACAGGGCCUUCAAUGCAGCCUUUGAGGAGAUAUAUAAGAACCAAACUGGUUGGAAUGUCCCAGAUCCUCAACUACGUGAUGACUUGCUUAUUCAAACCUCAAAUUGUGUAAUUCAAGCAUAUCGAAUCCUCUGCGGGUCAAGAUCUCAAUUUAACCGUGAAAAGUAUAUCAAAUAUACAACUGAUGAUCUGAGCAAGCAUAUGCUGGAUCUCUUGCAAGGCUCAUCGCGCUCGUUGCAAAGUUCACGCCGGAGAUGAUAACUGUUGCUGGCCAACAUCCAUCGAAGUCAAAUAUUUGAUUUCUAACAAGAAAUGCCUGAGAAUAAUGAUUGUGAUGUGCUAUUGCUUGACUUCCAAAUUGUAAUAGAUACAUAGAUUUCAAUAUUUCUGUACCGUAUUGGUAAUGUUCAAAUUCAAAGCAUUAAUCGUGUUGAUUUUUGUCCGACA